GGAAAAAGAGGAGAAACCACACAAAUAGCGCAACGUACAAGACGAUUGUUACCCAGCAACGGUAACAGCCCUUUGUUUCUUCUUCAGUCAAAGCGGAUGUAGCUAACAGGCUACGGGUUCAACUGCACUCAGUAACUUUAAGACGUAGCUUAGAUACAACAACAACAACAACGGCCUAGUAUAAUCCCACAAGUGGGGUCUGGGAAGGAACUUUAUAGAGUUUUAGUGAUCAAUUAGCGCUUCAAGGGUCUUUUGAUGGAUAGUAUUGUAGAUGCACUGAACAAUGCAUAUCAAGAUUUUGUUGCAGCGGCUGCCACUGCACUUGAAUCAAAAGAGAGUUCAAAUGGUCAGAAAACAGUAGCAACUGACGCUGCGUUAGAAAACUUUAAGCAACGGUGGGAGUUGUUCAGGGUUGCUUGUGAUCAGGCAGAGGAGUUUGUUGAGUCAGUUAAGCAAAGAAUAGGUUCCGAGUGUCUUGUAGAUGAGGCUACGGGCUCUGUUUCAGGGAAGCCUGGGCAAUCAUCAGCAACAAGUGGCCUUCAACCCAUUAGUGCUGUUAGGUUGGAGCAGAUGAGUAAAGCCGUCAGAUGGCUAGUGAUAGAAUUGCAACAUGGUUCUGGAGCGAGUAUUGCUUCUACACACCCCAACCCUUCUGCUCCUUUUGAUGCUAGAUUUACUGAAGAUGCCACUCAAUAGGUGACUGGCAAAGACUGGUAAACAGGCAGAGACAGACAAACAGAUCAACUAUGCCUCAGUAAGCCGCUAAAGUUGUACGUUGGUUGUAUCAAAUCAUGUUGUAACGCUGUAGAACUGCUCCGAUCUUUAUUUCCAUUGCAGCAUGAGCCACCCCAUUUUUAGGUGUUAUUCAGAUUUCAAAACCACGUGCCCCUGUGUGUAUACACACAAAAUGUACACAGGCUAUAUUCAUGUGCCUGCUAUAUAUUACAGUUACACUUUUGAAGUUUGUUUGUACUUAGAAAAGUGGUAGUUCAUAUUGUUGUUGAAAAAUGCUCAGACGUAUUCUUUGUUAUAGGUGUUCUUGAUUUACAUAUUCUUGAUGAUGAUAUCAUAGAGAUUUAAUUGCCUU